AUUCCCUUCUACUCGCUCUCAAAUCCCCCCUUAUCCCUCUCAGCCCCACUCGCCCUCAUUUUACCCCCUUCUCCCCCUCAUCUCAGCACAUUUCCCCCCCUUCUCGCUCUCAUGGGUGGCGUUGUCCUCCCCCUCCUGUUGCUCCCCAUCAUCCCUCUCAACACCCCCUCUUCGCCCCCACAUUUCCCCCCCUUCUCGCACUCAAAUCCCCCCUUUCUCGUUCUCUUCUACCCCCUUUCUCCCAAUCAGCCACUCCCUUUCUCCCUCUCAUUACCAACCCUGGCCCCCUCUCACUCUCCCCAGCCCCCCUCCUCCCCUCACCAUCAUUUCCCCCCUUGCUCGCACUCAUUUCCCCCCUUCGCCCUCUCAUUACUCCCCCGUCUCCCCCUCAUUUCCCCCCCUUCUCCCCCCCAUUUCUUCCCCUCAUCCUUCUCAUUCCCCCCCCUUCCCCUACUCAGAUUCCCCCAUUCUCGCUCUCAACCCCCCCUUUCCUCCCAUUCCCCUCUACUCCCUAUCAUUUCCACGCUUCUCCCCCCCCAUUACCACCCUCGCUCCAUCUCACGCCCCCGUUGCCCCAUCUCAUUUUCCCCCCUCCUCCCUCUCGUUGAUAUGCCUGCUCCCCUUCAUUUCGCCCCCUUCUCCUUCUCAGUUCCCCCUUUUCCCUGCCAUUUCUCCCCCUACUCCCUCUCAGUUCCCCCCCUUCCCCCUCUCUCAAUUCCCCCUUUCGCUCUGAAAUCCCUCUUUCCCCCCUCUACUCCCCUCUCCCCUCCCUCUUCUCCCUAUCAUUUCCCCGCUUCCAUCUUUCAGGACCUCCCUCGCUCCAUCUCCCCUUCCCCCUUGCCUUCGACUCCCCCCUUCUCCCUCAUAUCCCUCCCUUCACCCCCGCAUGUAGCUACAUUUCUGCCAUCUCGGCACCCCCUCUUCGCCACCUCGUUUCCCCCCCACAUCGGACUCAAAGCCCCCUUUUCUCCGUCCCGUCUAUCCCCCUUCUAUCUCUCAUCUCCUCCCUUUCUCCCUCUCAUUACCCCCCAUUGCCCCAUCUCAUUCCCCCUCUUGCUCUCUCUCAGCCUCCCUCCCCUCACCAUCAUUUUCCAUCCACCCUUGCUCACACACAUUACCCCCUCUUCUCCCCCAACUGUCCCCCCCUUCUCCCUCUCAUUUCCCCCCCUUCGACCCCUCAUUACCUACCUGUCUCCCCCUACUACCCCCCUUUCUCCCCCCCAUUUAUCCCCCUUCUCCCUCUCCUCCCCCCCCCCCCCCCGCCUUCCCCUACUCAAAUCCCCCCCUUCGGUGCUCUCAUAUCCCCCUUUCUUCCCUUUCCCCUCUUCUCUCUAUCAUUCCCCUGCUUCUCCCCCUCACUUCCUCCCCCACUCCAUCAACAUUCCCCCGUUUCUCCCUCUCAGCCCCCCCCCCCCCCCCCCCCUUCCCUCAUUUCCCCCCCUUCUCCCUCUCAUUCACCCCCCUGAUCCCCUACAUUUCGCCCCAUGCUCCUUCUCACUUCCCCCAAUUCUCCCACUCAUUUUCUCUCCUUCUCGACGACAUGUCCCCCCCUUAUCCCUCUCAUUUCCCCCCCUGCCCCUUUCAUUACCCCCCGUGUUCCCCUCAUUUCCCCCCUGUCCCCCCCCUGUUUCUCCCUCUUCUCCCACUCAUUUCAACCCCUUCACCAUCUCAAGUUCCCCCCUCCCAUCUCUCAGAUCCCCCUUUUCUCCCUCUCAAACCCCCCCCCCCCCUCCCCCCCUCUGGUCUCUAUCAUUUCCCCCCCCUCAUUUCCUCCCUCGACCUGAUGCCCUCGUGGGAGGACAGCCAGCUGCUAUCAGGGGUUUGGUAUAUGCCUUCCCGAUAGAUCGUGGGAGCGAUGAGGAGACUCUACGACGCGACACCACCGUUUUCCGUCAGGGUGGAGCCCGUCGAGGUGCAGCGUAUGCUGAGCUAAAGCAAAAAGCGGGAGAGGCCAACAGCACUGCUGCCACGCCUACGGUGCGGGAUGUGAGCGAGGAGGAAGAGGAGCAGCAUGACGUGGUGAUUGAAAUUGAUGAUGAAGUUCCGGUACAAGUUGGAGAUGUCCAAGUGGAGAUCGAUCUUGAGAUGGGAGGAGAGAGUGGGCAGCCCACUGCCACAUCUGGCAAAGAGGACGGACACACACACGAAGUGUAA